AUGACCGUUUCCAACGUACUUUUGACUGGAGGCAAUGGAUUCAUUGCUGUCCACAUCUUGCUCCUACUAUUAAAACAUGGACACAACGUAACUACGACUGUGCGCUCAGAAAGCAAGACCACACAUCUACGCAAGACAUUCCCCGAAGCUACCGAGAGUGGUCAACUCAAGUUUGCGAUCAUACAGGAUAUGACUGCUCCAGGUGCCUUUGAUCAAGUCUUCAAGGACAAUGCUUUCGACUCUGUCUUGCACACGAGCAGCCCGCUCGUGUUUGGCGUUGAAGACCCGGAGAAGGACAUUUUACAGCCAGCUAUCAAAGGAACUACCGAGAUACUCAAAUCUACAAAAGAACACGGCUCCAAAGUCAAACGAGUUAUCAUCACAUCUUCCUUUGCAGCUUUGGCAAAUAGUAGUGUCGACUCUACUAAGCAUGUAUACUCCGAAAAGGAUUGGAAUCCGAUUACAUACGAAUAUGCAGUGCAGAAUCCGGAAGUUGCCUACUUUGCUUCCAAGGCGCUCGCUGAAAAGGCUGCUUGGGACUUUGUGGAAAAGGAGAAACUACAGUUUGAUCUUGUCACCAUAUGCCCUACAAUGGUAUAUGGUCCUGCUCUUCAAGAGCUCCAAUUUUACCAAAUCUUCAACGGUCAAAACAAUGAUUUGAAAGGGAAUGGAGUCUGGUUGUGGGUUGAUGUGAGAGAUGUUGCAGAGGCACACGUUGCUGCUCUGGAGAAACCCGAAGCAGGCGGAAAACGAUUCCUCUUGGCUGAAGGAAACUUUAAUGUUGGGCAAGUAGCCAACUACAUCUGGGAGCACUAUCCCGAACGGGCUAAAGCCAAGGGUAUCCCAAGAAGCACCCAGUUUUCUGGGUACCCUCCCGAAGGAGUCUACUCGGCCGAUACCAGUGCUUCAAGAGAUAUACUUGGUAUUAAGUAUACCAAGAAUUGA